UUUUCGGACGAAAUUUUUGUGGUCAAUGGCCGCAUGUAUUGUUAAUUUGUUUACGUUUAGAUUGUUAUAAAUUUGCUGAAAUACUAUUUUCAUGUUUAAAUGAAUUGCUUAAAUAAACGUAAAUUUAUUCUAAUCUUAAACUUAAACGCUUGAGGUGUAAGGAGCUACACAUAAAUUCGACAAUGUGAAGUGCAUUUGUUUGUCAAUAAUGUAAUUUGUUUUAAGAUCGGAUUAUCGGGUAAUUGUUCGGUGUAUUAAAAUUGUGACUACUGUAUAUUUAACAAAAUGACGAGUUUCCAAGUGUCCGAUUUGGUGGCGGGGCUGAAGUCUCGUCAUGCCGAGACGAGACAUAAGGCCAUUCGAGAAUUGUUACACUUCACCAAAACAGACCUUCGGGAGAUGUCCCAGGAGGCUUUGACUCAAGUACUCGAUGACUUCAACCAACAAAUACACGCACUCACCUCCAGCUACGACAACAACGAAAAGAAAGCAGGAAUCCUAACCAUAGUCUGUUUAAUUGGUGGAGACACUGAAACAACAAAAUCCAGAAAUAUUCGCUAUGCUUACUACCUCAGAAAUGUUUUCCCAACAACUGAUCUAAAUGUCUUGGAACUGGGAGCUAAAACUAUGGGUAGACUUGCAGUUACUCUUGGUAUAAAGAGAGGGGAAUAUGUGGAGUCUGAGCUGAAGAGAGCAUAUGAGUGGCUAGCUGAAGAAAGAAAUGAAGGGAAAAGACUUUCAGCUGUGAUGAUACUAAGAGAGUUGGCAAUCUCUAUGCCGUCAUACUUCUUUCAACAUGUCAAUGGCUUCUUUAACUACAUUAUGAUACCUUUAAGGGAUCCUAAAGAACAGAUCAGGGAUGCUGCUGCAAAGGCACUGAGAGCAGCCUUAGUAGUCACUUCUCAGAGAGAGAUCCCCGAGCAGAGUAACAAAGCUCAUUGGUACAUACAGUGCUAUGAACAGUCCAUGCUAUCAUUUGCUGAGCAGCCAGGCAGAGAGAGGGGAUUAAGUAGAGAUGACCAUGUUCAUGGAGCAUUGUUAAUACUAAAUGAGUUACUAAGGUGUUCAAAUGCCACAUGGGAAAAGAAAUACACAACACUAAUGCAGAAACUUGAUUCAGAACAAGAUACAUCUGAUGAUAUGUCCUCACUAGGCUCAAAAGUACAGAAUUCUUGGACAGCCCAAAACUUUCCCGAUGAGAAAAGUCAAACUACUCUUGUUUAUGAAUCAAGUAUUUGUAAAAAACUGAUUGCAGAACAUUAUGAGAAGAUAUGUUUAGAUGUGAUGGCCCAACAAAUAUCAAGAGCACAUAAUGUUCAUCAAAUGCUUCUAUUAAUGAUACCAAGGCUAGCUGCAUUUAACAGAGAAGCAUUUGCCAAGAGGCACCUCAAGUCCACUAUAAACCAUUUAAUCACUUUCCUGCGUGGGCGAGAAAAGGAGAAAGCCAUGGCAUUCACCACAUUAGGCCUUAUUUGUGUAGCAGUAGAGUCAGAUGUCCAACAGUAUUUGGGUAGAAUAAUAGAGAUUAUAAAAUUAACUUUACCACUUAAAGAUACUCCAAAAAAGCGCAAUGGCUCAGACACGCCAUUAUUUAAUUGUGUUACUUUAUUAGGGUUUGCUAUGAAAGAAGAUGUUGCCAAUGAAGUUAAAGAGCUGCUGGACCCAAUGUGCGCAACAGGUUUGAGUUCACAACUCACUACAUGCUUCAAAGAACUCAGCCAAAAUCUGCCAUCUCUAAAGAAAGAAAUCACUGACAGACUUCUCAACAUGUUAUCAUUGAUAUUACGAAAGAAGCCAUAUGCUGCAAAUAAUGGAGAAAAUCAAAUAGUCCAAAUGUUCACGACAGCAAUGUUGGUGGAGCCGCAUGACGCUUCCAAAUUAGUUCUAGCGUUACGCACGCUGGGCUCGUUUGAUUUCGAAUGGAACAAUACACUGAUGUCGUUUAUCAGGAGAUGUACCGAUCAUUAUCUCUUAAGUGAGCAACACGAUAUUAGAAUAGAAGCAGUAAAAACUGCGUCAAAGUUGUUAAUAAAAGCAGUCGAGAGAUGCGCGCAGACUAAUUCGCGGACUUUGACUGUCUUAGUUGAUGAGUCGCUCGGUAAAUUAUUGUCAGUGGGUCGCUCCGACUUUGACCAUGAAGUUCGCUACCGAGUACUGGAAAUAUUCACCAAUCCUAUAUUCGAUAGAUAUCUAGCUGUAGAAGAACAUCUGAACUGCCUUUUUGUUGCAAUUAAUGAUUCAAAUAAUGAUGUUAGUGAAUUAGCGUUGUGCUUGGUUGGGAGACUGAGUAACAUAAACCCUAGUUACACUAUACCGACUUUACGUCAGCUCUUUGUACAAGUACUCAUGGAACUACAGCAUUCUGAAUCGACACGUAAUAAAGAACAGGCACUUCGGAUGGUGAACAACAUCAUUUCACAUGCGCCGAGAAUUACACGACAGUUCGUAGACACCAUACUCGAUGUUUUAGUUCCAAAAUUAAAAGCAGAAUCAGACAAUCCUACAAUGGUUUCAACAAUAUUGAAGGCUAUAGGUGAUUUAGCAGAAGUUAACGGCGGUGGUAAUGCUCUGAAUAGAUGGUUGCCGGAACUCAUGUCCAUUCAGAUUGAUAUCCUUUCGGAUCCUAAUCAACUUGAGAAGAGAAGUAUAGCACUUUGGUCAUUCGGACAAGUAGUUGGCGCCACAGGUCACGUCGUUUCUCCUUAUAUGGAAUAUCCGCAUCUAAUGGACAUGUUGCUGAAUUUUUUGAGGACAGAACAACAGCCAAGAGAGAGGAGGGAAACAAUACGCGUUUUAGGUUUGCUGGGAGCACUUGAUCCCUACAAACACAAAGUAAAUCAGGGCUUAAUAGACUUCCAAACUGUGUCUACUUUGAUUCCUGUUUCUGACUCAACUUCUGAAAAUAUUGACGCAAAUGUCAGUGAAAUGGUAGUGAACAUGUCACCGCUAAUCCUUGAUGAGUUCUACCCGGCCAUUGUCCUCACGUCUCUGAUGAGAAUGCUCCGCGACCCGAUGUUGACACAGCACCACACGAGUGUCGUACAUUCAGUCACAUUCAUUUUUCAGUCUUUAGGCAUCAAAUGCGUACCCUACAUAUCGCGUGUGACGCCUAGUCUGCUUAACGUGAUACGAACAACUGACAAUAGCACCUUUAGAGAGUUUCUCUUAACUCAAUUGGCACAACUUAUAUCUGUUGUUAAAAUUCAAAUCCGAAAUUAUUUAGAAGAUAUAUUUGACAUAAUCAAGGAGUACUGGACACCAAAUAGUCAACUACAGCCAACUUUAAUAAUGCUAGUGGAACACAUAACCGUCGCCAUCGGACCGGAGUUCAAGGUGUAUCUGCGGAAAAUUCUGCCAAAUAUACUACGAGUUUUAAAGUACGACAACAGUAAAGAUAAAGUUUUGACUGAGAAGCUAUUACUGACUAUACAGAAGUUUGAAAAUAAUUUGGACGAUGUGCUGUUGUCGAUAGUACCCGCUGUGACUGCGCUCUUCGAUGGCAGAAAUAUUCCUUUGUCAAUUUCAAAGCUUGCUAUGGAGACUAUUGAGCACUUGUCGAUGUAUUUGUACUUCAGGCCGUACUCGGCGGUUAUUAUACAGGCACUCGCCAAAGUUUUGGACAACAAUCCAUCUUUACGACAGACCGCCAUGAAUACACUUUGCUCGUUGAUUGUACAACUGGGGCGUGAAUACAUUGACUACAUACCGUCCGUGGACAGAAUACUGAUGAAGCAUAAAAUACAAUGCCCCAACUAUAUCGUACUGGUGACGAGGUUGCAAGCUAUAUCCACUCUAGCUUCGGAUGAUGAUUACUUAGAUGAGACUCGACUACGACUGCGGAAUCAAAAGACCGACGUGGUAGGCCCUGGUGACACUCAGACCAUACAGAAAUUGUCACUGAACGUGUCUAAUUUACGAAAAUGUUGGUCUAUAAAGAACAUAGUGUCCAAAGAAGAUUGGAUGGAAUGGCUGAGACAACUCAGUGUGGCCUUCCUAACCGAAUCAAACAGCCCGGCUAUAAGGGCAUGUUCAUCUCUUGCUCAGAACUAUCCACAAUUGGCCAGUGAGCUAUUCAACGCAGCGUUUAUGUCAUGUUGGACAGAGCUAGAUGACAAGUCGCGGAAAGAACUUGUACAAUCUCUGGAACAUGCUCUCACUGUCCCCGAUACUCCAGAGCUGGCUCUCGCAGUUCUUAACCUGGCCGAGUUCUUAGAACAUUGCGAGAAAGGUGCUUUGCCCAUACCAAUUAAACUGCUCGGCGACACAGCUAUCAACUGCAGAGCUUAUGCCAAAGCUUUAUAUUAUAAGGAACAAGAAUACAAACGCAAUCCCUCUAAACAAGUAAUUGAAGCAUUAAUACAUAUAAAUAACAAACUCCAAAGAAACGAGGCGAGUAAUGGUUUGUUAGAGAAAGUUAUUACACAAAAGAAGAAUGGUGACUCUUCGCUAAAUGUUCAUGUUAGGUGGUACGAGAAACUGCAUAACUGGGAUCAGGCUCUGGAACUCUAUAGUAAGAAGCUGGAAGUGGAACCGCAAGAUGAAGACUCCAAACUAGGAAUGAUGCGGUGCCUCGAGGCUCUAGGAGAAUGGAGAAAGAUAUAUAACAUCACCACAGAACAGUGGGACAGUAUCACCGACGAAAACAGGAAAAAGUCAGCUAAAAUAGCCGCUGCAGCAUCCUGGGGCCUGCAGGAGUGGGAUUCAAUGCGCAAGUAUGUCGAGUUUAUAUCAGAAGAUAGCCAAGAAGGCGCCUUCUACCGAGCGAUCCUCGCUAUUCAUGAAGGACAAUGGCAGGAGUCGAGGCAUUACAUUGACUCUGCUAGAAGUGUAUUGGAUCUUGAGUUAAGUGCUGUAGUCGGUGAGAGCUACCAACGAGCAUACGGAGCUCUUGUCAAUGCUCAGCUUUUGACAGAGCUAGAGGAAGUUGUCACAUACAAACUGGUAGAGGAAAGACGCAAUCCUAUUCGCAAAUGUUGGUGGUUGCGAUUACAAGGCGGCCAGCGGCUGGUGGACGAUUGGAGAAAAAUGCUGCAGAUACGAAGUCUAGUCAUGUCACCGAGAGAAGACUUCCAAACUUGGCUGAAGUUCGCUUCUCUUUGUAGGAAAACAGGUGCUAUCAACCAAGCACAUAAAAUAGUUCUGUCCAUAUUAGGCUCUGAUCCCAUUACGAACCCUGACGUAUUGCUUCGGAUGCAGGAUCCCAGAAUAGUUUUAGCUUACAGUAAGAACUUGUGGGAAGCUGGGAACAAAAGAUAUGCGUACGAUGUCUUACAGAGGUUCUUGGACAAUACGGAACCAGACAAUGAAGAGCACUGCAGGUUGUUAGCACGUUGCCAUCUAAAAUUAGGAUCCUGGUGCGAGUCCCUCCAAGAAAUUAAUGAGUUGUCUAUUCCUGAGAUAUUACGAAACUAUGCAGCGGCGACGAUCCUGGCGCCAGACUGGUACAAGGCGUGUCACGCGUGGGCUUGUAUGAGUUUUGAAACAGUUCUCUUUUACAAACAGCAGGACAAUAUAUCAGAGAGUAGUAUAGCGGGAGGCUCUGGGGAGAAGAAAGUAUCGAGGGCAGAUUUUAUAAACCCUCAUACGAUACCAGCUAUUGAGGGAUUCUUCAAGUCGAUAAGUUUGUCGAAUGGCAGUGCGCUGCAGGAUACAUUGAGACUGCUGACGUUGUGGUUUGACCAUGGACAUCACCCGGCAAUAUACGACGCGUUGUUCGAAGGGAUCAGGCAAAUAGAUGUGAAGAUAUGGCUGCAGGUGAUACCGCAGCUCAUCGCUCGUAUUGACUCCCCGCGGAGUUUGGUGGCCAAACUAGUCCAUAUACUCCUUAUAGAUAUAGGCAAGUUACACCCACAAGCGUUGGUGUAUCCACUGACAGUAGCGACAAAGUCCUCCUUCGUGACUAGAAAGACCGCCGCUAACUACAUUCUGAAGACAAUGUGUGCGCACUCUCAGAACUUGGUGAACGAAGCGGCCAUUAUAUCAGAAGAACUUAUCAAAGUCGCCAUUUUAUGGCACGAUCAAGUAUUCAUUGCGCUGGAUGAGGCUUCUAGAUUAUACUUCAGUGAAAAAGACUACCGAGGAAUGUUUAAGACGUUGGACAAAAUGCACGCGAUGCUGGACCGGCCUCCAGAGACGUUGAAAGAAGUGUCCUUCCUACAAAUGUAUGGACGGGACCUGCAGGAGGCACAUCGGUGGCUAGAACUAUACAAGGAGUCUGGCGAGAAUAGGUAUUUGAAUGAGGCAUGGGACCUGUACUACCACGUGGUGCGUCGCAUCGCGUCACAGUUCCGCUCGCUGACGUCCCUGGAACUGCAGUACGUUAGUAAGCGGCUGCACACCUGCAAGGACUACGAGCUAGCUGUGCCCGGGUCAUACGUACCCAACGAGAAAGUCAUCAGAAUAUCGCAUAUACAUAGCCAUUUACAAGUAAUAAAAUCAAAACAGCGUCCUCGGCGUCUAACAAUCCAGGGAUCAGACGGCAAACAGUACAUGUUCCUGCUGAAGGGCCACGAGGACUUGCGGCAGGACGAGCGAGUGAUGCAGCUGUUCGGUCUCGUCAAUACUUUGUUGCAGGCUGAUACAAACACGUACAGGCAUGACCUGGCUAUACAACGGUAUGCGGUCAUACCGCUGUCUCCAAACUCCGGCCUCAUUGGCUGGGUGCCGCAGUGUGACACGCUAUACAACCUCAUCAGUGACUAUAGAGAUAAAAAGUCUAACAAAAUGGCGCUCAGCACUGAACAGCAGAUCAUGUUGCGGAUGGCCUCUGAUUACCAGAAGCUUAUGUUGAAGCAUAAGGUGGAGGUGUUUGAAUACACCCUCUCUCAGACGCCCGGGAAUGACUUGGCACGGCUCCUCUGGCUGAAGAGUCCUUCAGCGGAGGCUUGGUUCGAGCGUCGAACCAAUUACACUCGGUCGUUGGCUGUCAUGAGCAUGGUGGGCUACAUCCUGGGACUCGGCGACCGACAUCCCUCCAACAUCAUGUUACACAGAGUCACCGGCAAAGUCCUACACAUCGACUUCGGAGACUGCUUUGAAGUAACUCAAUCAAGAGACAAAUUCCCUGAAAAAAUCCCCUUCAGAUUGACGAGAAUGCUCAUUAGUGCUAUGGAGGUGACGGGCAUCGAGGGUACAUACCGGUCGACGUGCGAGUCGGUCAUGCAUGUACUACACAAGCAUCGAGACAGUGUGAUGGCCGUGCUGGAAGCCUUCGUUUACGAUCCUCUGCUGAACUGGCGCCUCGUCGACAACGACCACCACUCCCUCACCGAGUCCACCUUCUCAUCAGACAUAGACUCAUCCUACACACUCCCCAGCCGAUCCCGCAACCACUUGCACUACGAAUCUCUCGAAAUCCCCCCCGAAGCUAACCUCAACAAGCGAGCGCUCUCUAUCCUCAACAGAAUUAGAGACAAAUUAACUGGAAGAGACUUCCCACACGUCGAGGCGGUCGUCAGCGUGCCCAAGCAAGUGGACCUGCUCAUAAAGCAGGCGACGAAUAAUGAGAACCUGUGCCAGUGUUACAUCGGCUGGUGCCCCUACUGGUAGUACUGGUAACCAUCAGUUUGUUUCUAAUGCGCUGCAAGUGCCCGACAUAUACCUAAGGUCGUUAUUUCAUGUAAAUAUCUGUUAUACCAGGUGUCGACACAGUUAUACAACAAGAGUUAUCUCUGUUUGCACCUUUAUUAAAAAUUAUAACCGUGUUUAUAAUAUGGAAAUGUAGUCACUAAAUAAGACUAAUUAUUUUAUUUAUGUUAUGAUAUUAGUAUUUAUAAAGGUUUAGUUUGUAAGUUUGUUACGCUUUUUUAUGUUCAAUAUGAGUUAUUGUUCUACAAAGUGUUUUUUGGCUGGACUGAAAACACAUAUUUUGGCACUUAUCUCGUGAUAGUGUUAUGAAUAUAAUCCUAUACAAUUAGAUGAAUUAUUGCGUUUACUCGACAGUAUUCUUAUAAUUUUACCACCGAAUCUUUAUUGAAAAGACAAGCAUCGUUACAUCGAAUGACGAACAUACUCGAACUCGAGUCGUAAAUAAUGUUAUAUGCGUCACCGGCAUCAUAAUCAACACUAGCCUUAUUUUAGCCAUGCAUGAAUCAAAGGCAUUGCAUAAAAUUAUCGACGCAGAGGCGCUAACUGUUAUAUGUAAACUUGUUCCUGCUCUUAUUAAAAGUUAUUUGUGAUCGACACAAUGUAUCUUCCAUUUCUAAUUUCCCUUAUCAGUAGUCAUCUUAUCAAAAGUGUAUAAGUAACAAGUAGUGUAAACACUAAUUAAAAUUAAUCAGCAAUUUGUUUGCAAGUAAAUCUACCCUACUUAGAUUUCCCCAAGUAUUUUUUCUACUAUUGUUUUAUACUAAGGGCCUGGUUUUACAGUUUGCGCCGGUUACACAAGUGUUUGCUUACCUCUACUGCAAUAAUGACUUUACCUAUUUUAUUUUAAACAUUGAUGGCAUUUUUUUAUUAAUAUAAAAUGAAUGUUUGUUGUUGAUUCCCUUGUUGUAAAUAACCUAAUAAGUAUAAAUGAAUGCCUCACGUUAAACGCGUUGCCGUUACACUGUGUAUAUUGGACCGUACUAUUAUACCUAUAAGUUUUGUAAAUAUAAUACGCAAUAAAAAUGUUAAAGCUU